GAGUAUUUUGAGCACGACCGCGACUGGCUGAUCGCCGUCUGUCGUGAAUGUAAGGUAGCAAUCUGGCCAGCACAUGCGGCGGCGCAUCUCCGUGGUCCGCACCAUCGCGUUAACGGAAAGAAGGCACAGCAGGUCGCAGAUGAGCUACAGGCGUGGUCCGACAUUGUACAACAUGUCCGCCAGUUCGCAGUACCAACUUACGUCAACCGCCCCGUCCCAGCACUC